GGGGGAGGCGCCGCUCGCUGGGAGGAGACUUGUGCGCACCCCCCCCCCCAUCCCCUUUCUCGCCGGGCUCUGGGGGACCAUGGGCGGCUGAGGGGAGCCGAGCCCCGGGCGGCCGAGCCGGCGGCCAUGGCUGAGGAUUACUGGGACCCGCAGCAGCAGCGCUGAGCCCCCUGCAGCGGCGGCCAGGCGGCCCCAGCCCUGGCCCCACCAUGGAUCGGAUGAAGAAGAUCAAGAGGCAGCUCUCAAUGACCCUGCGGGGGAGCCGGACAGCCGAGAAGAACCUCAAUGAGCAGAUCAACAUCGAGGAGAACAACAGCAGCGACACCGGCCUGGCGGGGAAGAGCGUGCGUCCCUGGGGCGCCUCGCGCAGUGUCUAUUCCUUCCUGCAGCGCCGGCCGCGCCCGGGCGUGACCCGCAGCCUGAGCGCCCACCUCGCCCGUGCCAGCCGACUAGAGAUGGUGCAGGAGGACGUGAAGAUGGGCUCCGACGGGGAGAGCGACCAGGCGUCCGGCACCUCGUCCGACGAGGUCCAGUCCCCCGUGCGCGUCCGCAUGCGCCACGGCUCGGCCCGCAAGAUCUCCUCCGAGGACAUCAACAAGCGGCUCUCGCUGCCGGCCGACAUCCGCCUGCCCGAGGGCUGCCUGGAGAAGCUGGCGCUGAACAGCCCCUUGUUCGACCAGCCCCUCAGCCGGCGCCUGCGCCGCGUCUCGCUGUCUGAGAUCGGCUUCGGGAAGCUGGAGACCUACGUGAAGCUGGACAAGCUGGGAGAGGGGACGUACGCCACCGUCUACAAGGGCAAAAGCAAACUGACAGACAACCUGGUGGCGCUGAAGGAAAUUCGCCUGGAGCACGAGGAGGGGGCGCCCUGCACGGCCAUCCGCGAAGUGUCCCUGCUGAAGGACCUGAAACAUGCCAACAUCGUCACCCUGCACGACAUCAUCCACACAGAGAAGUCGCUGACCCUGGUCUUCGAGUACCUGGACAAGGACCUGAAGCAGUACCUGGACGACUGCGGCAACCUCAUCAACAUGCACAAUGUCAAGCUCUUCCUGUUCCAGCUGCUGCGGGGCCUGGCGUACUGCCACCGGCAGAAGGUGCUGCAUCGCGACCUCAAACCCCAGAACCUGCUCAUCAACGAGCGGGGCGAGCUGAAACUGGCCGACUUCGGUCUAGCGCGGGCCAAGUCCAUCCCCACCAAGACGUACUCCAACGAGGUGGUGACACUCUGGUACCGGCCCCCCGACAUCCUGCUGGGCUCCACCGAGUACUCCACACAGAUCGACAUGUGGGGCGUGGGCUGCAUAUUCUAUGAGAUGUCCACGGGCCGCCCGCUCUUCCCUGGCUCCACUGUGGAGGAACAACUGCAUUUCAUCUUCCGCAUCCUCGGGACCCCCACCGAGGAGACCUGGCCAGGGAUCCUGGCCAACGAGGAGUUCCGAUCCUACAACUACCCCAAGUACCGGCCUGAGGCCCUGCUCCAUCACGCGCCCAGGCUGGACAGUGAUGGAGCCGACCUGCUGGGGAAACUGCUCCAGUUCGAGGGGCGGAAGCGGAUGUCAGCGGCUGAGGCCAUGGGGCAUCUCUUCUUCCACUGCCUGGGCGAGCGUGUCACCAAGCUCCCGGACACCACGUCCAUAUUUGCACUAAAAGAGAUUCAGCUACAGAAGGAGACGGGCCUGCGCUCAGCUUCCCUGCCUGACUCAGGGGGCGCCGCCUUCCGGGUAGUGGACACUGAAUUUUAGCCUUCGGGUCAGUGAAUGGGCAGAACGGACGGCCCAGCUUACUGUUGUGACCACGCCAAGCCUCAGUGACGUGGGCGGGGCGGGGGCUGGACUGACAUUAACCCGCCCCCCAGCUGGGAGACUGCCCCUUGGGUCGGACGCUGCCUUCGGGGCCGGGACUCGGACCGUGCCCCACAGCCGGGGGGGCGGCGCCGGCUGGACGGCAGAUGCCCCCCCCAUGUUGUUUAAGUUUUAUUUUUUCAAGGCAAUAUUAUAAAUAUAGAGAAAUAAUCUAUAGCCCCCCCCCCCUCGCCGGGAGGGAUGGGCAUGGGGGGGGCAGCCCCCCGGAGUUAUGUUUCCAUGGAGAUGUGUUUGAUUCUGCCCCACUGCGGGGGAGGGGGCCACAACCCCUCCUGUACCCCCCAGGUUGAGGGGGGGGUUAAUCCAGGGGGUUAUAUUCUGUGGUCACUCGCUCCCACCCCAAAUCCUCCUCUCCUGCCCCCCACACCCGCUGAGCUGUGGGGACAGAAGUCUUCCAGAUGUGGGGGAAAUGGGGGGGAGGGGCUGCUGUUGCAGAUGUGCGUGGGGGGGUACCCCAGAUGUGGUAGGUCCCUUUGCAGCAGUGUGUGUGGGGGGGUCCCUGACAGUCUGCAACCCCCCCACAUCUGAGGGAUGGGUCCCUAGGGAGUCCCUUUGCCUCCCUGAACCCCAGCAUGUCCCUUCCUGCGGGGAGUAGCUCCGCCCCCACGUCCUGCUGGGUCAGCAUGUGGGGUGACCGCUGGCUGACGCCAGUGAGUUCAGUGGGGCGGCUGCCAGCUCCCCUUCCCCACUUAGUACUCAGGGCUCACUUUCUCCCAGCCCUUACUCCUACAGUACUCGGCCCUUACUCUGCCUCCAUCCCCUGUUACUCAGUCCUUAGCCUAGCCCUAUUUCUAUGUUACUCAGCCCUUACUCCUACAGUAUUCGGCCCUUACUCUGCCCCUACUCCCCUGUUACUCAGUCCUUCGCCCCUACUCACUCAUGUUCCUUGGCCCUUACUCCUAUAUUACUUAGUCCUUACUCUGGCCCUACUUCCAUGUUACUCAGCCCCUACUCCCAAGUUGCUCAGCCCUUACUCUGCCCCACUCAUGUUACUCUACCCCAUUCUCAUGACACACUCCUCCUACUCCCAUGUUACUCAGUUCCUACUCACAUGACACUGUCUAUACUCCCAUAUUACUCAGCCCUUACUUGACCCCCUACUCAGAUGAUACUUAGUCCUACUCAGUCCUUACACAAAUGUUACUCGGCCCCUACUCACAUCUUACUCAGCUCUUACUUGGCCUGUACUCAACCCCUAGUCAAAUCUUACACAGUCCCUUGGCCUCUUAUUUGGCGCCUACUCAAAUGUUACUCAGCUCUCACUCAGCCCCUCCUGAGAUCUUACUCGGUCCCUCCUCUGCUGUUACACAACUAUUAGCCUGUAGUCAGCCCCAGCAUGCUCUUGACUCGGCCCCCCCCUCCUCAGUCACUUCCCAGACUCUGCUCAAUCCUUACUCCCAUCCCUAGUCUUAGUCCUUACUCAGAUGUUACUCCGCAUCCUCUCACUACUAACUUGGCCCCUACUCGACUGUUACUCUCUACUCAGUGUUUGGUCCAUGCUCAAGUGUUACUUGGCCUAACAUUAUUCUGUGGUUACUGAGGCCCUACUCAUCUGUUACUCAGCCCUUACCCAGUCUGAGUUUACCUGUUACUCCAAUCCCUGCUCAAACCUGACAUAGUCUUUAUUCAGAGAUUACUCCAUCCUUGCUUGAGCUUUACUCCGUCCUGGGCUGGUCGCUCACACAUUACUUGUUCCUUACUCCAUAAAUCCAGAGGGUGGUCGGAGUAUCAUGGGGUGAUCUGGAGUAACAGAAAUGAAAUUCACUAGGCCACAGUGAGGGGACUAGGAAGAAUUUUGGCUGUGAGCCGGGAGCUUUGGCUAGCAGGACGCUCUUGCUGACUCAGGUCAGGACGACCUGAGCUCCCAAGGUAGCGACGCUAGUUGGAAUUGGAGCCACUGGCCCAGGUGGCCCAUCCAGCCCUGGGCGCGUACUCAUAUGAUACUUGGUCUUCGCCAGCCUCUACUCAGUCUGGUUUUAGUUUUUACCCAGUCUUCAGUCAAAUGUUACACAGGCCGGACAUGUUACUCAGUCAUUGCACUGUAUUUACUCCAUCCCUACUUCUGGUACCCUGCCUGUACUCAGCAGUGAGUCCCUACCCAGCCCCUACUUAGUCUUAGCCUAGAUGUUACUCUGUCCUUACUCAAAUGCUACUCUGCCCCUACUCAGUCUUAUCUUAAAUGUUACUUAGCCCUAAUGCAAAUGUUACUUGGUCCUUACCCAAACAGUACUCCAUCCUUACAGUCCCAACUUCGUUGUUGUUCAGUCCUUACUCAAAAAGUAAUCUGACCCUACUAAAAUGUUACUACCUCCUUACUCAAACACUACUUGGUCCGUACUGAAACACUACUCCAUUAUUUCUCAAAUGUUACUCAGUCCCUACUCAGCCUUACCCUUAGAUAUUACUUAUUUUUACUCAAAAGUUAUUAAAUCUUUACUCACUCCUGAAUCAAAUGUUACUCGGUCCAUACCCAGCCCUUACUUUGGCUUAGUUGAUUUGUUACUCCUUCCUUACUCAAAUGUUACUCGGUCCCUUUCCAGUACCUACUCAGUCUUACUGAGUAGGUAAGUGGGUGCUCAGUAAGGGUGCUCGGUCCUUAAUCAAACACUACUCAGCCAUUACUUGUUACUCAGGCAAAUCCCUCCUUGUCCCUGCUCUAGUCCAACACUGCUCAGGAUUGGACCCUGCAUCCCCUUCCAGCUCGAUCCUGCAGCUCCCCCCCCCCGCCCCCCACUCCCUGAUGGACCCCGGCCAUGCUGUCCCACCCAGAGGACUCUGUGUGCUCCUGGCUCCCACUAGUGGCUAGGAAGGAUCAACUGCAGUUGGAGGGGCCAAGCCUUUAACUCAGGGGUAAAGGCCGGGGGUUUGAACCCUGCUGUGGGAGUGUCUGUUUGAAGGCGGUCUCUAUAUGCCCCAUACAGUGCGCCCCCGCCCCUAUAUAUAUAUAUUGUGUGUGUGUGUGUGUGCGUGUAUAUAUGUACAUAUCUAGCCUUUUUUAUAUGCAGCAUGUAGUGCUUGUGGGAUGGAAAGUCUUUCCCUGCAAGAGCCAUACCCAUAAUAAUAAAAAUGACGAUGCCCCCCAGCUGAGCUGCAGCCACCUCUGGGGCGGGGCAGCGGGGAACGGCCACACAUAACGUCGUACGGUGAGGGCUUUGCCGGUGCUGAGAUGUAGCCAGCUAUCUAUGUGGAUCAGAAUGGUCCCCCAGACGUCCCCCUGUUCCUCCCCUCUGCCCCCCUGCUCUGCCCCAUAAGGCUAAAGAUGUCGUCCCUGGUGGGGCGGUGUAUGUUAACCCUUUCUCUGCUGGGCACCUGCCAGGGCUAGGGAGUAUAGCCGAGAGGUGGGGGUGUGGGUUUGGUCGGGGAUCCAUUCCUGGACGGUGGUGGGUUCUGCUGUGUGGAACCGGAUCUCUGUGCACAGAGGAGGGAGGCGAUCCCAGCCAUGAACCCUGCAUGGAGGGGGAAUCCCACAUCAGAUCCCUGCAUGAGUAGGAGGGCGGGAUCCUAGACUGGAUCCCAAGCCGGAGAGGAGAGGGGUUAAGACCAGAUCCCUGGUGGAUCCCUACAUGCAGAGGAAGGGGAUCCCAUAAUGGAUCCAUAUAGGUGGAGGAGGGAGGGAUCUUGGAGAGGAGAGGAUCCCUGAGCAUUAAGGAGGAGGAUGCCAGAGUACCCUGGACUACAUUUCCAUGCCUGGGGGCCCUGCACUGGCCCAGAGUGGAUUCAGGAGGGACAGAGCCCCCUCCCCUGCCAGCCAUGUCCUCCCCAGGCCUGUAGAUGGGGGUGGGGUCUCUGGGAGGGGGGGCUUUAGCUCAGCAGGAAAGGGUUAACCUGCCUAUGCAUAUCAAUGUUGGGGGGGGGGGCUGUAUCUGAGCUGUGCGGGAGACGGGGCCUUCCUCGUUUUCUGUCUGGGGUGAGAGACUGUUCUGCAUUCAAUGUAUGGAAAUUAUUAAAGUCUCCAUGGAA